AUGAACUACACGCGCCUCAGAAGAGAUGAAGAUGAAGAGUUCGUCUGUGACAAAACAACACCACCAACUCAACAGCCACAAGCCAGUCCUGGCCACCGCUCUAAUGCGACCCUCCUCUCCAGCCUGGCCCUCAUCAUCUCCGUAACAACCGGCAUCUUCACCUUGACAGCGUACGCAAACGGCCCACACGAAUCCCGCGCCCCCCGAUCACCAGAACGCCUCUUCCGCUGCGGCACAUCCGCCGCCGAAGCCAAAGCAGCCGGAUGCCAUUUCGACCUGAUGUCCUUCUCCUGGCUCCCACCCGCCUGCUACAACGAAGACCUGACAAACGACUUCCUCAACUACACGAACUGGCAAUGGUCGCUCGACGCCGAGGGGCAGCACCUCGUCUCGAAGGAGUUUGUUCAGCAGGGCGACUUCGAGUUUCUCUUCACGAGCUACGAAUACCACGUCGUGCACUGCGUGUUCAUGUGGAAGAAGACGCACCAGGCGAUUCUCGACGGCGGCUUUGAUCAUCUUGAUGGGUAUAUAGCGGGACUGGGACAUACAGGGCACUGUGGGGAGAUGUUGCUUGAUCGGGCGACGGAUCUGCAGUCCUGGGGGACGCCGGGUUGGACGAAGUUCCCGGCUUGUGGGAGGGGAGUGCUGGAGCUGGAGCAUGGGUGGUAUCGAAUGCAUAAUGGGGAGAAGGCGUGGGGUAUGCCGGGUGCUGGAGGGCAUCAUGACUGA